AUGAUUGCAUGUUUCCAGUUUACAUUUAACAAUACAAGUGUACUCUUUGUCACAACAAAUGACUCCGUCUACGGCUUUGGUUAUAAUUUAUGGGGAUUUCUGGGUUUGGGUCACAAUUAUAGAGUGGAAACACAACUCAUACCCCAAUUGUGUGGACAACGGAUCCGACAGUUUAUCAAUGGCUCGGACUUUAUGUUGGCUAUGAAUGAGGACAACCAUGUGUUCAGUUGGGGACACAAUGAUGAGGGACAGUUGGGUCGAAAAAUAUGGUAUUUGAAUGACAAAAAUAUAACGCAAAUCAGUUGUGGUAGUUAUCACUCCCUCGCCCUCACCACCGGUGGACAGGUGUACGGGUGGGGCUGUAAUAGUGACGGACGGAUAGGUUGCGAAACUAAUCCAGAUGAAAAUCUUUACAAAAAUCAAUUCACUGAGUUGUCGGAUAAGCCCAUAGGUUCGGGAGGUUUCGGAACUGUGUUUAAAGUGAAGCAUAAAAUUGAUGAACAGAUAUAUGCCGUCAAAAGAGUGGAAUUUAAUGACAUCACUUCACCCGAAGAUAUAAUUAAAGCGAAGACUGAUAAGUGUGCCAAAGCUGUCGACUCUAAAAACGACGAUAAGGUUUCUAAACAAAAGAAGAAAUUUAAGAAACCGAAAGAAUCUGACACGAAGGCAGCCGACAAGACGUCAAAUAAGACCUCAAACUCGACUUCCGACGCAAAGCCGUCGAAAGCAUAG